AUGUACAAGCAAAUCGUCAUCGCUCUUCUUCUUUUUGUAUCCUUGUUCUCGGUCAAUGCUAUGCCGGCAACAAACGCCCUCUCUGAACAAAAUAAUGAAAAGAGACCUGACAGUAUCAUAGCACAAGCUGAGUUUAGAACUGCGAAAGCCGGAUUUGAGGCCACUUUCACUUUUGUACAAUUGCCGUCAGAUGGAGAUAAUGACAGUGACGACCACCAGGUGUUUGUUACUUCCCUUAUCGUUCUUAGCCGAAAUCUCCGUGUUGAAGCGUCCAUAGUGAGUGCUCAGGCACAAACGGGCAAUGUUUCGCUGCCAGGUCGAAACACUUGGCAUCUCUGCUCUUCAGGCGUAGUUGAUGCAAUAAGAUAUCUUGUCACGACAUCAGCUCAAAAACUCACUUUAACACCAAACUUUGGCUCCAUCACGAACGGAAAUGGUGAUCCUAUUACUAAACCUUGUUCAACCGGUAUUCUUGCUUAUGCUUCGGAUACGGAGCUGCUUAAUUCGACCCUCGAUUCGUAUUUCACUCAACAAUCAUGGUAA